UUUUAUUUACAAAAUGAAAUUCCGUGUGACGCAUAUCUGAUAAAUAAAUUAAAUGAUGAUAAGUGCAAUUUCGAGAAUCUCAAAAUUCAAAAAGAUUUGCUUUCUGUAUGUAAUAUGGGUUUUAAAUACAUAACUGCUGCAGAAGUAUUCUCUGACAUUCCAGAAAAUAAACUUCCCGGUCCAUUCCCGCUACCCCUAUUGGGAAAUGCUCUUGAAUUAUUUAGAUACAACUUAAAUCUUUCUGAAUACGUAAGGGCGGUUCAGUCAAAAUAUGGAGAUAUGUGUGAAAUUCAUAUGGCACACAAUCAUAAAUUCCUCUAUCGUGAUUCGCCAAAUCCUGGAUUAAAAGAAAUUGGCCUCGAACAACGUGGAGUAAUUGCAAACAGAAAUUUAGAUGAAUGGAAAAUCAAUCGUAGAUUCUUGGAAAGAUCCGUAAUGUCAAAAAGGUUUUUAAAGGAAUUUACGGAAAAAGGAAAUAAUAUAAUCUUGGAUAUGUUUAAGUUAUGGGAUGUUUUGAUUACUAAGCGGCAGGAGAUUGACCUGGCCGAAUGGAUACCAAAGUUUGCAGGAGAUGCUAUGCUCAUGACAGUGACUGGUCAACCGGCUUAUUCGAUGAUGAAUUAUUUUAUUUCGCUUGGAUAUGAGUAUAAUCACGAUCAUAUCCCGGUUUUGAAAUGGAAGCAAUCUUCGAGAUUAAUUUCUGCCGUCCUUUCUAUUUUUAGUAUAACACCAUGUGAGUAUUUUGCAAACACACUAGAAUUCCGAGAAAGACGUGCAUACAUUGACUCAUUGCCUGAAGAUGCCCAGAUACCAUCGGAUGCUUUGUCAUUACUUAUUACCGCCAACACACAACGUGAUCCUUCAAGAACUUUAUUUAAAUCUUUAGACCGAUCAUUAAAUGAUCAAGAAAUUGGUGGAAUUUUGGUGGAUAUUUUCUUAGGUUCCUUUGAAACGACCGCAACUGCUAUUUGCUUGACAAUAUAUUAUGUGUGCAAAUAUCCUUCUGUAAAAUCAAAACUUCUCUCAGAAAUCAGCUCAAUAUUUGGUUCUCUGGUAACACCUCCUGAAAAGAUUCUCUACGAAAAUAUCGAAAAACUUCAGUAUUGUGAUGCUAUAAUAAACGAAGUUCUUCGCCUACAUCCUAUAAUUCCCGUAAUGCCCCGAUCAAAUUCUGAACCUGUGGAAAUUGGUGGAUAUAUUUGGAAAGAUGGCCAUUCGUUUUUUGGAAAUUUUCAAGGAAUUCAGUCUAAUGAAAGGGAUUGGGUUGAUGCCAAAAUUUUUGAUCCUGAUAGAUUUUUAAGAAAUAAUGAUAGUAUACGAUCAAAGAAUGCUGAGAUAGCCAAUAACAAGGGUGCUUUUGUGCCGUUUGGUGGGGGUGCUAAAUCUUGUCCGGGAAGACUUUGGGCAGUGGUCGAAGUUAAAGUAUUUUUAGUAGCGCUCUUAACAAGGUAUGAUAUAGAAUUCGUAAACAAAAAUCAAGAAUUAGAAUUGUUUUGGAAGACUAGUUUUCAUUGGCGGAAUCUAAAGGUUUACUUGAAACCUAAAGUCUAG